GUUGGCACUUAGACAAAGUGUCUCUUGCGCUGAUAAGGACAUCUGGGAAUUAACCAAAAGACGACAAUGAAUUCUUUGAUAUUUACACUUGUGAUUGCAGUAGCUCUUUUUGAAGUAAAGGCAGAAACAAACGCUGUAGCCUUUUCCGCUGGUCUCUCUAAAAACCUACAGCUAGCGCACACCGAGAUCGUAGUCUACGAUAGAAUCUUUACCAACGUUGGAUCGGGCUACGACUCCAACACAGGGAAAUUCCGCUGUCCCACCAGCGGGGUCUAUGUUUUCCAAUUCCAUUCCGUUGCUAACCAAGAUAAAACCAUUUGGACGGAACUUUGGCACAAUGGGUACUAUAUUUGCUCGAUGUAUGGACACACGUCUGGUGAUUACGCUUCUGGAGGAAAUUCGGCCGUCCUCCGUUUAACAAAGGGUGAUGAGGUUUACGUCAAGGCUGUAGAUGCCGUAAAUGGGGCCGCAACCAACAUGUAUGGCGCCAGUGACGAGGUCUAUUCAACAUUCUCCGGCUAUAUGGUGGCUCCAGUCUACGAGGAAUUUCCAUCCGUUGUUGGAUAGAAA